GAUGAACCACUAAACAUGAUCCUCAGGGCACGGCUGGAGCGGCUCAGUUUCAGCCCCUCGGGUGUAAGCAUGACUGCGCAGCUUUAUAUAGCUCUGCGGGCCCUAUAUAAGCAGGAGGUGCCCUGGCCAGCGGAAGCACGGAGAACACUGAGGUGGCUGUACUGGAGGUUAUCAUCAGCCAGAAGAGCCUGCACGCCACUCUGGUCUGGGCACCUUCCUCCCCCAAGCAGUAGGGUCCCCACAGGGGUGGCCCACACCAUAGCUGCCAGGAUGCCCAGCAGAACAGUCCGCUAUGCCCGCUACAGCCCGAGGCAGCGGCGCCGGAGGCUACUGGCUGAUCGCAGUGUGCGCUUCCCUAACGAUGUCCUGUUCUUGGACCACAUCCGCCAGGGCGACCUGGAGCAGGUGGGGCGCUUCAUCCGGGCUCGGAAAGUCUCCCUGGACACCAUCCACCCCUCAGGUCUGGCUGCCCUUCACGAAGCAGUGCUUUCUGGAAACCUGGAGUGCGUGAAGCUGCUAGUCAAAUACGGGGCGGACAUUCAUCAGCGAGAUGAGACAGGCUGGACACCCCUGCACAUCGCUUGCAGCGAUGGGUACCCUGACAUAGCCAGGUACCUCAUUUCCCUGGGGGCAGACAGAGAAGCAGCCAACGACGAUGGUGAUCUGCCCUCGGACCUCAUUGACCCUGACUUCAAGGACUUGGUGGAGUUAUUCAAAGGGACUAAGAUGGACUGAGUCCAGCCCCGCCCUCCUAGGGCUCUAGCCUUCCCUGGAGACGUCAGGUGCCCACCUCCCCCAAGUGCCAGGAGUGCCCCACCAGCCGGGCUGGGGGCCGCCCAGGCUGGCCAGGACCCCAUACUUGGGCACAACCCUCGCCCACCGACCCCGGCCUGGCUUUUCCUCCAGGUGAAUUUUUUAUUGCGACACUUUCUACUUUUUCAAUAAACCUGAUUCCCAA